GAAUCAUAAAAUAAUUUCGGAAAGCAUUCUCGGUUUUCGCGCUUCUAUGUGUCAACUGCGAUCAAUAUACCGCAUGAUCAGGUACAAGUGUGCGCAUGCACUGUCUCGGUUCGAUAGCGACGAGCUCGAUGUGUUCUGGGUCCUGCCGCGCGUCCUGAAUUUCUACGCUCUCGAAGAGAACGAUCGUUUUGUCUUGCACACCAGUGAAAAAUCGCGAAAAUCUGAGCACGAUGUCGAGCAGCAAGUGUGUGAAACAGCCGCGCAAGGCGUACAUCAAGGAGCAGCAUGAUAUGACGUACUCCGAGAAGCUGAGGCUGAUCGACGACGAGCUGAACUCCUUUUACAAGUACUGCCAGCAGGCGGGCUUUACCGAGGAGGAGAUGGACAUUAUCUGCCAACCGCUAGUGGCGGCGAUGCGUCGCUCGUGGCUGCAGCUCGUCUUUCGCGGCACCCUGGUGCUGAUUGUGCUGGGGACGUUGGCGUGUCUCGCGGCGCAGCUCGACUUCGUCGGCACUCAUUUCACCGCUCUUAGCCGCCUGUUGCUGAUCAAAGUGCUGCCGAUCUGGAACUGGCAACCGCUCUACUACGAGAACUGCAUGAUCAACAAUCCCUUCUACAACGAUUACACUAUCACGGAGGAGGAUUGCGUGACUUGCGAAGCGCUGGAGACGAUUGAUCGUCUAUCGGAUGUUCGCUAUCGUAAUCUUGUCGACAAUUAUCUGAGUCGCGACGCACCGGCCAUCAUCACCGACGCGAUGGAUUCAUGGGCGGUCAUGAAUACCGAUUACUUCUGGUUUGACAAUAUCACUCACCUCUACUUGGAGAACGAGCGACUAAUGGAGACGGUGCCCUGCGCGUUGACUUCGAAUCUGCGCACCGGUUCAUCCGAUCUCGCGGCGUUUCUGCGACGCGUGCACGCGCCCGAAGUGGCCAAGUGGUUUGUCCACUGGCAGAAUUGCGACAUCAACGCGGUGAAAGUGCUUAGAAAAUAUUAUCAGCGGCCGUACUUCCUCUCCAGCACGGUCUCGCCGGCCCACUUUAACUGGGUGCUCAUGUCUUCGGACUACAACAGCCCGAGCUACAAGAAAGUCGAGCUCGAUUCCGGCCUAAUCGCGCUCGCACAGCUCCGUGGCGCGACUCAGCUGCGGCUCACCCCCAUCAACCCCUGCAACAGCUCGUGUCCCGAAUUGAUCGCCGAUCUGCAUCAGGGCGAGAUGCUCGUUUUCACGAACCUGAUGUGGACGCUCGAGUACGCGCCGAUGCGCGGCCUGGACAACAUCGCUAUACUCACGGAAACCGUCUGGGAGGAAGACACGUAGAUUGCAUCGUCAUCGCGCAGAUCGUCGUCCCGGCGUGCGACCGGGAUACUUUUUAAUCCGUAAUACUCUUCGACGCGACAGCUAUCUCAAUCAAUAUUGUAUACUCAUUCCCUCAUGAUACGCAUGAAAUAAAAAUUGAGCAUUCUGGUUUCCGGUCGAAUCAAUUAAUUUCCUGUCCACACUCUCUCGCUAGGUUUCGGGGGUUUACAACAGUGUCUACAACAGAAAGAUCAUCCGGGGCAGAAGCGAAUACGAUCGACACACUGUGAAAGAAAGAUCGGUGCGACAGUUCACAACGAGGUAUACCAGAAGUAACAACAAACAAGAUUCGUUUUUUAUUAAUUAAUCGUUUAUAAUAACAUUGUGUGUGUGUUUUUGUGGGCUCUUUUAAAUCUCCCUUUUCUCUUUAUAUAUAUAUAUAUUAUGCUAUAUAUAUAUAUAUAUAUAUAUAGCAGUUUUUUUUUCCUGUUUCUUAUUUCACUUCGGCCUAACAAGGAGUUAAGAUCGUUACGCACCGAUUCAUAGAAAAAACAAAGCGCAAGAUUACUGAAUGACAAACGUAGCUGGCGUUCUUCUCUCUCUUGGCAUGCUUAAGAGACAAUAUGAUAUUUUCUUUUUUUUUUUCUUCUUUUUCUUUUACGUUUAUAUUAAAACGU